GAAUCGAAACAAAGUGUCAAACUUGGAUGGACACAAUGGUGCGAAUGAGUAAAUGUCAUUGCUAUAGCUAAAUUAAUGUAUGUGACAGCAAACGAAUCUUUUCAUUAUGCUCUGACAACAUAGCCUACCGUACAGUUCUAGUGUAGCCUCUGCGUUAACGAGGAUACGUUUACUGAUUUCAGCAACUAACGUUAACGUUACAGUCUGUUCGUGGUCAUUGUCCAGCGUGUGUUAGCCACCUAGCCAGCGUAGCCUAAUGGCACCAAAGAGGAAAGCACUACCUAACCCCCUCCCAGACGGAUGGAUUGUGACAGACACCGAAAAGAAAAGCUGGAAACUUGGAAAUGUCAUCGGCAGUGGUGGUUUUGGAUUAAUAUAUCUAGCCUCCCAGGAUGUGGACGCACCUGUUGGAGAUGGCUCUAAUUUUGUGAUUAAAGUCGAGUAUCAUGAGAAUGGACCAUUGUUCUCAGAGCUGAAAUUCUAUCAAAGAGCUGCCAAACCAGAAAGCAUGCUCGGAUGGAGGAAGAAGAAAGGAUUGGACUUCCUUGGUAUUCCAGCCUACUGGGGAUCAGGCCUGUUUGAACACAAAGGAACAAGGUACAGGUUUAUGGUGAUGGAUCGGCUUGGCACUGACUUGCAGAAAGUGCUCCAGGAAUGUGGAGGUCAUUUCCCAAAGCACACUGUCCUACAGCUUGGAUGUCUUUUACUGGACGUGCUGGAAUAUAUUCAUGACAACGAGUACGUCCACGCCGACAUUAAGGCUGCCAAUCUCCUAUUGGGCCUCAGAGAUCCCGACAAGGUGUUUUUGGCAGACUAUGGCCUUGCCUAUAGGUACAACCCAGAGGGAGUCCAUAAGGACUACAGAGAGAACCCAAAGAAGGGACACAACGGCACCAUUGAGUACACAAGCAUCGAUGCCCACAAUGGUGUAGCUCCGUCCAGACGGGGGGACCUGGAAAUUCUGGGCUACUGUCUCCUGCAUUGGCUGUGCGGGACCCUACCCUGGCUCUCCGUCCUGAGAAACCCGACUCAGGUCCAGGAAGCCAAGGCCAAGCUGAUGUCAAAUCUGCCUGAGUCGGUCACUCAGCUCUCAAGCACAGCCUCUGGCAAUGUCGAGCUUGCCCAAUUCAUGGUCAAUGUCAAAGCCCUGGGCUACAAAGAGAGGCCCGACUACCAGGCACUGAGACGGGCGCUAAGUAAAGGAGUGCCAAAGCCCUCCAGGAGCCAAGGCCUUUUGGACCUCCCCAGACCCAGACCAGGGAAGGUGUCGGAGCCAUCAGCCCUAAGGACUGCAGGCCAAGCCAAACCUCCCGCUAGAAGAACAGCCAAGCCAAAGACCAUUCCUUCUGGCAGUGAUGUUUCCGAUGAGGAUAGCCCAAAGCCGAGUCUCCACAGAGCGAAACCAUCAGGAAAGUCUCGUGAACAGGGCUCUGGCCCAGCCAAACCUCCUGGAAAAAGAAUAACUAAACCAAAGCCCAUUCUUGUGGAGGAAGAUGAUGAUGAUGAUUAUGCCUCUGAUUCUGAUUCUGAGGAGGACACUAGGCCAGCCCCAGCUUGUGGCAGAGGCCACGCAGCGAAGCCUCCACAGAAGAAAAGAGCCAGCCCUGUCAAAAGAGGGUCCAGGGCGAAGCCUGCGGACAGCGAUGAAGACUACUCUCCGGGGCCAGAGUACAGAAGAGCCGAGGGAGCCCGCCAGAGAGGAGCAGCAGCAGGGGCGGCAGUAGACAAUCUGUGCCCUGCAAUGGAGCAAAAAAGAGGCAUGCCAAAAUAUGCUAGUAGAAGAACAGAACUGGCCGAAGCACACCUGCCAAGGCUCCCAUCAGAAUGUGGCCAGAGCCAUUCUGAUUACUCAACCACAGCCUGGGCCACCCCAAAGAUCAGACGGCAGUGCGGGAGUAACAGCCACUCAUCUGCCCCUAGUUACAGUCACUGGAGGGAAUAUGCACAAGGCCAAGACCACCCAAGGAGGACCCACACCAAUAGGGGAUAUCUAGAUCAACACAACGAAGAGCCAUGGGCAUAUUCUGGUCACAAUGGCUCACAGGACAACCAGGCAGAGGAACCUGAAGGACAGUGGAGCUGGAGCGGUACUAAGCUAGUUGGUGGGGUAAUUCUGAUCCUCGUCUUUCUGGCAGUUUUUGUUCGUUGAACUCUUGAAGACCACUACAUGCCCUGUAGAGUCCUGUCAGUCAGACUUAUGAAGAAUAGUAGCAAGGCCUUAAAUCAAUGCCACCCAUUUGUGCCGAUGUUGGAGGACAUCUCUUAUGCUGUAGGCUGUUCAAGGCUUCUGCACGGCCAUCUUCACUGUAAUGGGCUGAAGGAAUUCAUGAAUUGCAUUUUUUUCAGGGAAUGUUGUGAAAUUUUGUAUGUAUUUUGGAAUAUAUGCACAUUUGAUAUUUGUCAUGACAUGAUUUUUAUAUGUUUUUUUAAAAAUAUUUAAUAAAUCAUGCUGCUUUUAAUUGACA